AUGCUCCCUGAUCUAAGUAAGCUGGAGGCGUCGCUCCUCAACACAUCGGGCGAUGUCAAACUAGAUGUGCGCUUUCGCACUCUGUUUACGCUCAAGGGUCUCGCCGCUCUUUCUCAAGACAAGCGCGAGCGUGUGAUCGAAAUCAUCUCGAAAGGCUUCAGUGACGACUCUGCGCUGCUCAAGCAUGAGAUGGCGUAUGUGCUCGGCCAGAUCAAAGAUACACGUGCCCUACCCUGCUUGGAAGGCAUUCUGCGUGAUGAGAAGCAGCAUACUAUGGUCCGCCACGAAGCGGCAGAAGCGAUGGGUGCGAUUUCUUCGGUCGAAUCGUUGCCUGUGCUGCAAAAGUAUUUUGUGGAAGACCCUGACGUAUCCAUUCGUGAGACAUGCCACCUGGCGAUUAGCAAGAUCGAGCUAGACAACUCGGACAUUGGCCACACGGAGCAAGCGCUGCAGGCCGAGCGCGACAAAGCGCAUGGCGAUGCCCUGGACGCCGCGGCUCGGGCGGCGGCCCCUAUCGAUCCAGCGCCGGCCAUCGUGACCGUACAAGGCUUCUCAGAUCAAAAAGAGAACGUGUACACCCUAUCAAGCGUACCGACCUUCCGUGCUACUCUCCUCGAUACGUCGCUGUCGCUCUUUGAGCGGUACCGUGCGAUGUUUGCCUUGCGGAAUACUGUGCAGCGUGGCGAUGAAGAGGCGCAGAAAGCGGCUGUACGGGCGCUUGUGGACGGUUUGAAGGAUGAAAGUGCUCUUUUCCGGCAUGAAAUUUGCUUUGUGUUUGGCGAACUGUGCCAUCCCGCCUCGAUUCCAGCCAUGUCACACGUUUUGGACGAUGCACACGAGCAUGAAAUGGUGCGCCACGAAGCCGCCGAGGCCCUGGGCGCCGUGUUGGAGGAGUCUGGUGGUGGGGAUGAAUCGGAGCGCGUCAUUGCUAUGCUUCGGCAGUACGCCAAUGAUGCUUCGGCACCUCGCGUAGUGCGUGAGAGCUGCGUAGUAGCUCUUGAUGAGAUGGCCUAUAACAAUGAUCCUACCCAGUUCCAGCCCAUUGAGUCGUAG